GUUCUGCUUCUUCCUAAAGAUAGUUAUACUUCAGCUCGACAUGCUCUUCUUCCUCAUAAAUAGGCAGCUUCUACACAUCCAGCAUAAAUGCCUUCGUUCCUUCCCUUUACGUGGUUCUCCUGCUGAUGCCUGCAACAGCUUCACCUUCGCCAUGUUCUCCUCCUGUCGCUCGUUUCUUCCCUCUUCAUCUCUCUCCUUCAUCUCUUCUGCAUAUCCUCCAUUUCAUUCUCCUCGUCUCUACACCGAGUAUCGCUCACAUCUAUCAAUAUCAAUAUCAACAUGUCGUCUCCUGACAAAACCAGAAAGCAGCUCCGGUCUAAAUUCAAGACCUUGACGAGCUGGUACAAUGAGCUCAGGGAGAAACACGUCUUCCUGGCCCAGCAACCAGAUGAGCAUCUCACUGAUGCUCAUCUAACCCACCUCGAGAUCCAGCUUUCUAGUCUCGACUUUGAGACCGGUCAGGUCUCGUCGACAAUCCCUCACUUCUUCCUGCCAGCCACUCAGGAAAGAAUUGAAAACACCUGGAACGCCGGGUCAGACGGCGCUUCCAUUCAGGACCACCACUUCAGCAGCAGUGGGUUCUGCCAGGACUAUUCCUGGGGAUGCAACCUCAUGAGGGAGGUUGCAGGGCACCAUUGGACUCUUGCCCGCUGCCAUUCCGAGCCCUGGGCGCCUAUCGGCAUCUCCCAGAGCUCGACAUGGGCGUACCAAUCGGGCAACCGACAAUAUUCUGUCGGUGGUGUCUUUGAUAUCGAUGGGAUCAGCAAGUCCCAUCGCAUACUCCAUCUCACGACAGACUGCGUCGGAGAUGAUAGCAAGCUCACGGCCUCCGAAGUGAUGGCUAUGCUCGACUUUAUGCUCUCCGAGAUGGGAGCACAAAUUACGGAAACGAAGCGGGCCUUUGAUAGGAGGGAAGUCCCUCGCCGCGUUCAUUUCAUAUACCCGGUUCUGGUCAUCUCAGUACUGAACCCGGUACAAGUUCGAAUUCUGCAGGGCCAUUUCGAUGGAGCCCUCAAGAUCCAGUGCACCAAGCUGCACAACUUCGAUAUCACCAACUAUAAGAGGUUGGUAAAGUCUCUUCUGCGCUGGACGGUUCCAACCCCGUGUGGCAAUACGACUGCGAAGAACUCGCUUCCAGAGGUCUCUGAGUCCUCUGAAGAAUCCGAAUAUACAAGUGAUUCCAGUUCCUAGUUGUCUUUUCCGAAGUUGCAUAGCGUUGGUGUGACUGCAUUGCCGUUGGAUUUAUCAAUCAUGUAUCUAGAAUACAAUCAAU